AUGGCAGAUAACGAAAGCUCGUCACUGCAUCCGUCCCAAUCAGUGCCAAUUUCGACGUCGUCGAUUCGAUCCACAUCUCCUGCUCCGGAUGGCAGGCAGGCCUCAAUAGCCCGUCUGGCAUCGCCAGUACCUUCGUCCUUCGGGACGUCGCUAUCGUCUCGGCAAGGUCUCUCAACUGGCCGACCGAUCAGCACUCCUGUAUCGAAUGCCGAGCAUAAUUUCCGAGCUGUCGACAAUCCCUCCUCACUUCCCGGCCCGGGUCAGUCCAUCAUUGCCUCUCAGCUGCAGGAAAGCCUUGGUCGCUCGCCCCCGAGGUUCGGCACGCCCUCACGAAUCGCGGGGUCACCCUCGGCACUCCCGCCACUCGACAGUCGACCCGUGGCCUCCCAGUAUGGCUCCUUAGACACCAACAACAACCAUGGGUAUGACACCCCUGGGGCGGGUGCAAUUGAAGAUCCGGAGGUAGUGAAGAGACAUCUCGUCCUCCCGCAAACUGGCUCAGAGCAUCGGGAGACAGGCUCCGAACUCGGAACCAGCUAUGGCGACGAUGAGUUUUCCAGUCUGCAGCUGCAGGGUGGUGAUAUCACUCGUCAGGUCUACAGGUGGGCAGAGGAUGCCGACGCCGCACGGUUUGCUCGCAGCAAGAGUUUCAGCAUCAGUCGGCCCGCCCCUGAGGCCGAGACAGAAAAUUACCACACCAUACAGGUGCCAGGAGGGUUCCGCCGAGACUUCCUGCGGAGAUCUGCAGCCAGUCCACAACGUGGGAGUGUGCGAGGAUCGAACUCUGGAGUUGCGCCCUCACAGCCUCAGCUUCCGACGUCAAGCUUCCUGGAAUUUUUGACGCUAUAUGGUCACUUUGCGGGCGAGGAGCUGGAAGAGGACGACGAGGUCCUGGGCCCUGAUGAGUACUUUUCAUCCGAUACAUGGGAUGAACGUGAGGAGCCCAGAGAGGCUGGUGAAGAGGCGGCACUUCUUCAAGGAGAGGGUGCUGGUCGCAGAAAGCGGAAGCACAAGCAGCGUGCCCCUCCAGGAAAUACGUCCAUCACGGGUGCAGUCAUGCUGCUGCUCAAGUCUUUCGUGGGCACGGGAAUCUUGUUCUUGCCCCGUGCAUUUUUAAACGGCGGCAUGCUGUUCAGCAGCAUGGUGCUUCUGGGCGUGUCGAUCUUGAGUUACUACGCCUUUAUCCUGCUGGUCAAUACGCGCAUGAGGAUCGAAGGCUCAUUUGGUGACAUUGGUGGCAUUUUGUUUGGAAAACACAUGCGACGCAUCAUUCUUGGGUCCAUUGUGCUGAGCCAAUUGGGCUUUGUGGCGGCCUACAUUGUCUUUGUGUCGCAGAACUUGCAGGCGUUUGUUCUGGCUGUCAGCAAGUGCAAGAGCUUCAUUGAUAUCAAGUUCAUGGUGCUCCUGCAGCUGGUCAUUUUCCUGCCUCUCUCCCUGAUUCGUGAUAUCAGCAAGCUCGGGUUCACUGCUCUCAUUGCGGAUGCCUUCAUCCUUCUGGGCCUGCUGUACAUCUACUAUUACGAUGCUCGCACCCUGAUUGGCAAUGGCGGCAUUGCGGACAUCAAGGCCUUCAACCCAGCGACUUGGUCUAUGUUCAUCGGCACAGCCAUCUUCACCUACGAGGGUAUCGGCCUUAUCAUUCCCAUCCAGGAGUCGAUGAAACAACCGCGACGCUUCCCAGGCGUCCUGGCCGGUGUCAUGGUCAUUAUCACCUUGAUCUUUCUGUCCGCAGGUGCUCUAAGCUAUGCGGCCUACGGGUCUACCACCAAGACUGUCAUCCUUCUCAACCUGCCGCAGGAUGACAAGUUUGUCAACGUUGUGCAGCUCCUCUACUCGCUUGCCAUUCUGCUCAGCACACCCCUGCAGCUCUUCCCCGCCAUUCGUAUCCUAGAGAACGAGCUGUUUACACGCAGCGGCAAAUACAAUCCCUACAUCAAGUGGAAGAAGAACGUCUUCCGUUUCUUCUUGGUCGUUGUCUGUGCCUUUGUCGCCUGGUGCGGUGCGGAUGAUUUGGAUCGAUUUGUUUCGCUGGUCGGAAGUUUUGCUUGUGUUCCCCUGAUCUACGUGUACCCGCCCCUUCUCCAUCUCCGAGCAUGCGCUCAAUCAAGACGUCAGGUCAUCGCCGAUAUUACUCUUGCCACUUUCGGAGUAAUUUGCUGUGUUUACACAACCAGCUUGACCCUCCAAAACUGGGUCGCCGAUGAUGUUCCUCCAAGCCCUGGAUACUGCGAUUCGCAAUGA